CUCAUGUGUAGGAGGAACGGGGAGCAUGGAGAUGUGUCCAGUGUGUUUUGCCAACUGAUGUACUGAAAUGUAGGCGUGUUUAGUGAGAUGUUUGCCAGAGACAAGCUGUACAACGGAUACCUGCGUCGGAAUUUGCCGACCAUUGUAAGCACAGUGAAAGUGAGAGAGAUUGUCGUCCAUCUGCCUUGCUUGACUGAUCACGACAGGGAAACUAUAGAGGCUAAAAGAGAGAUUAAUGGGAAUCAUGAUGCCAUGAUGCUUCUGCUGGAUUGUCUGAAGAGGAGAGAAAACUGGCCAGAGCAGUUCAUUCAAGCACUUGAGGAGUGUGAGCACACAACUAUUGCAGCUGAUAUUCGAGCUGAAUACAACUCUCUGAGAGGCAUUAACAAUCUUAACCCUGGCGCUGGUGUUGUCAACGUACAGGUCCAUCCAGCACCAUCGGCCCCUCCAGCACCUGUUGCCUUGCCAGCUGAAGCGUCAGCUCCUCCACAGCCUGCUGCCCAGGCAUCACCCCCUCUGGAAAACGCUGUGCAGCCACAAGCCGCCCAGAGCUCAGCAGCCCAAGUUCCCAAGGCUGUUUCUCCACCUGAGCCUCCACAGUCAGCUCAGAUUGACGUGGCACCGCCUCCAUCAACACUUCCUCUGUCCCCUGAGACCCUACACACUCCAGCCCGCACACCACCUCCGGUACCAAAGAGGGAGCUUUUUGCUCAUCAGGAGCCAGAGGAAAACUCUGAGUCAGACAUCCAGGAUGUCUCUGGUGAUACGGGUGUCAGCCCUAAUCAAGUGAGCGCAGGAAGCAGCCAGGUUUCAAUCAGCUCUGUUUCAAUCAACCCUCUGUCCCGCCCAGAGUCUCUGCAAACAGCAACAACAAGCGCCGAGGACAGGCCACCCCAGAGUUCCUCUCAAACUCAGGCAAACUCACAUUUGACCAGUGGAUCUUCCAAAUUCACAGUGACCCCAAAGAAGCCCCCAGUCCAGGACACCAGACCUCCUAUGGAAAAGGUACAUGUCCUGGAGCCGGACGAGACUUCUGAACCUCCAGCCACACAGGUUGUUGAAAACAGCCGACAGAGAGAAACGGCAGCUGCAGCUUCCCCCCUACCUGCUGCCGCGGUGGUGGGCGCCUCUCACUUUGACAUGUAUCUGAGCAAACCCGGCCAACUCGUCAGCGUCCCACCACAGGAUCACACUGUGUACUCCACCAGCGAGCUGUGUGCUCUCCCUGCACACGGCUCGCUGGUGGAGCCCUACUCAGGAAGCAGUGAACGUCUGGAAAUAAGCGAGGCUGCACUGAACACUGUGACCUCUGUUCAAGUUCCUGCAGUGUUUACUGUCUCUGGACUGCCAUGUCAGGAGAAUGGUGUUGCUCUUGACUAUUAUGAACCAGAGGAGAACCAGUAUGAGUCUCCGUGUCAUAGUUUCGGAAUACAGGAUGUGCGGAUGAAUGUGGGGCAAGUAUCCGAGGAGCCGUCUAUUCUUAACCUAGACGGUCAACCCACAGCUCCACAAGAUCAAAUCGUCAACGCUGAAGCAGCCAAGGAGUUCUGCUGUGCAUCGCCAUCCUCCGCCACCACUGCUGAUACUGUAUCGAGUUUAAACACCCACUCCAGUGAGAACUACCACCCCUCUGAGCCCGCACCAGCUGAAGUUUCACCAGAGCCGCUACCGGAUUCAGAGGGGAGUAUAGCCUCUAGGAUGCUGAGAACUAAUCAAAAGUACAUUCUGAUUACUGCCGGAGUGAGCGCCCUUGUACUGCUGUCAGUGUGGAGGUUUAGGAAAUAAGGGAAUUUGGCUUUAAGGCUGUUGAAAGAGGAUUUUAAGGGUAUGGUGCCUUACUGUAGUCACUGGACAGGGAUGGCAUGAGCCUGCAGUUUAAUAAUUACCUAUAGUUAUAAUAGCUGACUUGCCCGACCUUUGAUCAUGUUAUUAAUUACAAGUCUCUUGUUAAGUUGGACUGUGUUUUAUCAUUUUAGUAGGGGAAUUCUUAGAGCUGGGUUGAAAGCUGAUCUUAUUUGUGCUGCACUUAUUUGAUGUGUAAAGCUACACUGAGGCUGUGUAUUAACGAUAGAAAUGUUGUACGUUCACUUAUCUGAUAAGCACUUUUGAAAUAAGGCUGUUGUUGUCUUUCUGUAAGGAUCAUUGUAUCAUGGACCUAAAUUCUGCUGGAUAUGCACUGAAAGUAGGAGAACCGGCAUCAUAGGCCGUAAUGUUUCAUUUCCUCUUGAUACUGGUAAUGUAUGUGAUAUCCGUGCAAAUACUCAGUCAUCCAGGUCGUAGUAUGUUUUUUCAGCAUACUGUAUGUGAUGCAAUGAACUGCAGCUAAUGCACUGUCUCUAUUUAUUUGUACAUGCAGUAUAUAUUCUGUACAUUACAAUGGCUUCAGAAAGUAUUGACCCCUUCACCUUUUGUGCACUUUAUGCUGUAGAUUAAGUUUAAAUGGAUAAAAGUGACCUUUUGGAGUUUGCCAGAUGGCAUUUAAAACACUCUGAGAGCACUGGAGAAAGGAUUUUCUGGUGUGAGACAGAAGUGAAACCUUCUGAGCAAAACUCCAAGCACCAAGCACAGCUCAUCUCCUGCUAAUACCAUCCCUACGGUGAAGCGUGAUGAUGGCAGCACUGAGGGAUGGAUGGAAGCAGCCAAAUACUGACAGUUCCUUGAACUUUUUUACUUUGGGUUAUUGAAAGAAGAGUCACAGGCAAAAUGGCCAUUUUAGAAAAACGACAAAUUAAAUCUACAACAAAAUAAAGUUUACAAAAUGUGAAGGAGCCUGAAUACUUGUUAAAGCACCUGUAUAUAUUGUAGGUAUUUCAAUGUAUAUUAAGACUGGUGUGUCAGAAAUAUACCAAAGCACUGUCUCAGAUAUUCAGCACUCAAAAAAGAAUUGGCUGAACACUGCAUUAUAUUACAUAUUUUGAAGUGUAUUUGGUUCUUAGUCUGGACCAAAAGUCCCAAACGUUUUUUAAAGCCAUUGCUCUACUGAGACAAAUAACUCAACACAAUGAAAAUUGGGUUUUUAAAUGGCCACUAUGAUGACUGUAAUGUAUCUCUUCAAAUUUUGAUGUUGAAAAUGUAAUAUAAAAAUGUAGUUAAUGUAUUUUUUAAUAAUAAAACAUUAUUAAAGAUGUACAGUAAAAACUGGACAUGAGCAUCUUGCUGUAUCCU